GCUGUAAGCAGCUUAACGAGUUAAUAUUAAACAUAAACAAUGCACGACAUUGAAGAACCUUUUAUUGGAUGUAAAGAAAUACCCAGAGCUUCUUAUCACUACAAGUUUCGCCAGUACCUCUUAGCAAUUGUUUGCAUGCUCCAAUCACUGUGUGCUGGCAGUGCAUUUUCAUUCUCUUCUGUAUUGGCAACAUCAGAAAUUUCCUUUAACACAACUCAAUAUUCAUGGAUCGCAUCAAUACCAACAUUGUCCAUUCUUCCAAUGGUUCUUACUGCUGGUUGGAUACUAAACUGGAUUGGGAGACGUUUUGCAUUGGCACUGACAAUAAUCAUCACGUUAAUAUCAUGGACAAUGUUAUUCUUUUCCCAAACGUACGAGCUUAUGUUUGUCAGUCGACUCUUAUCAGGGAUCUACACAGGUUUGGCUUAUCCAAUUAUGUUGGUAUAUUUAGCCGAAAUAACCGACCCCAAAAUUCGUCCCCAAUGUUUGACAAGUGUCCCAUUUGGAUGCAAUUUGGGAAUAAUGCUGACACAAUUACUGGGCUCUUUUGUUCAUUGGAGAACACUAGCAAUGCUCGUGUGCGUAUUACCGGUAAUUAAUAUGGCAAUUUUAUUAUAUAUAAAAGACUCAUAUGUUUGGCUCUUGAACAAAAAUCGGGUUGACGAAGCAAAAAAGGCUUUUACGUGGUUCAGAGGUACUGGACAUACACAGAAAUCAGAAUUUCUGUCAAUCUUAGAUAUGGAAAUUUGCAAGAUUAGUUCAGUCAAACAAAAAAUCAAACAAUGUUUUAAGAUGUCAUUCAUCAAACCAUUUCUGCUAACGUCGUUAUUGUUUCUCACAAGUGAACUCUCUGGUGAUGGUGCUGUGAUAUUCUAUACUUCAAAUAUUAUAAAAACCAUUACCAAGAAUGCAGACGCGCAGUUUUAUUCAAAUUUAGUAUUGAAUGCUCUUAGAGUCAUAGCUACAUUUUUUAAGUACCAUAUUGUUUAAUCGGUUCUCAACUAGAUCAGUGUUAAUAUUUAGUGGUUACUCUUUAGCUUUAUCAUUAGGCAAUUUUUCAUUAUUUCUGUACUUAAGUAGAGUCUACCCGGAGAAUACUCAUUAUCCAGUUGUUUGUUUAG